AUGGCAGUGAGCGAGAGGAGGGGGCUCGCCCGCGGGAGUCCCGGAGAGUGGGGGCCGCGGUUCCUUCUGCUCCUGCUGUUGGGCGGUUGCUCCGGACGCAUCCACCGGCUGACGCUGACGGGGGAGAAGCGAGCGGACAUCCAGCUGAACAGCUUUGGAUUCUACACCAAUGGCUCCCUGGAAGUGGAUCUGAGCCUCCUGCGGCUGGGCCAGCAGACGACAGAAGAGAAGACCCCGCUGGUGGGCUUCAGCCUGACCCGGGUUCAGUCUGGCAACAUUCGAUCCUACUCUUCCCAGGACCCCAAAGACUGUCCCCUGCAGAAAAACAGCAGCAACCCCCUGGUCCUUUUUCUCAUCAACACCAAGGAUCAGCAGGUCCAGGUACUAAAGUAUGGGGACCAGAAGAAGUUGUUCAUUUCCCCUGGGCUCCUCCCGGAGGUGCUGCCCAACGCAGGGCUCCCAGAGCCAGGACCCUCAGCCACCCCCAAGGUGGACAGCGGGGCAACAACCACGGUCAACAAGAAUGGGCCAGUGCCUUCCACGGUGUCUCAAGGAAGCCAGCAGGGCCCCAGCAGGAAAGACAAGGAGCUGGUGCUAGGCCUAGGCCACUGCAACAAUUCCUACAACUUUAGUUUCCACGUGGUGAUUGGCUCCAGGGCUGAGGAAGGCCAGUACAGCCUCAGCUUCCACAACUGCUACAACGCGAUGCCGGGACGGGAACAGCCAUUUGACAUCACGGUCAUGAUCCGGGAGAAGAACCCCGAGGGCUUCCUGUCAGCGGCGGAAAUCCCCCUCUUCAAGCUCUACAUGGUCAUGUCCGCCUGCUUCCUGGCCGCCGGCGUCUUCUGGGUGUCGGUCCUCUGCAGGAACACGUACAACGUCUUCAAGAUCCACUGGCUCAUGGCAGCCCUGGCUUUCACCAAGAGCAUCUCCCUCCUCUUCCACAGUAUUAACUACUACUUCAUCAACAGCCAGGGCCACCCCAUCGAGGGCCUCGCUGUCAUGCACUACAUCACACACCUGCUGAAGGGCGCCCUCCUCUUCAUCACCAUCGCGCUGAUCGGCUCUGGCUGGGCCUUCGUCAAGUAUGUCCUGUCGGACAAGGAAAAGAAGAUCUUUGGCAUUGUGAUCCCCCUGCAGGUCCUGGCCAACGUGGCCUAUGUUGUCAUCGAGUCCCGUGAGGAGGGUGCCAGCGACUACGGGCUGUGGAAGGAGAUCCUGUUCCUGGUGGACCUCAUCUGCUGCGGUGCCAUCCUCUUCCCUGUUGUCUGGUCCAUCCGGCACCUGCAGGACGCGUCUGGCACAGAUGGGAAGGUGGCAGUGAACCUGGCCAAGCUGAAGCUGUUCCGGCAUUACUACGUCAUGGUCAUCUGUUACAUCUACUUCACACGCAUCAUCGCCAUCCUGCUGCGGGUGGCCGUGCCCUUCCAGUGGCAGUGGCUGUACCAGCUGCUGGUGGAGGGCUCCACGCUUGCCUUCUUCGUGCUUACUGGCUACAAGUUCCAGCCUGCGAGGGACAACCUGUACCUGCAGCUGCCCCAGGAGGACGAGGAGGAUGUGCAGAUGGAGCAAGUAAUGACAGACUCCGGAUUCCGGGAAGGCUUGUCCAAAGUCAACAAAACAGCCAGCAGGCAGGAGGUGUUGUGA